UUAAUGAAAUCCCAUCUGUGGAAGAGAAGAAAAUGGGCCGACGUCCCUGCUGUGAUAAAAUGGGAGUAAGGAAAGGUCACUGGACUCCUCAAGAGGAUAAAAUACUCGUUGAUUUUAUUCACAAAAAUGGCCCUGGGAAUUGGCGUGCGCUCCCUGAGCAAGCAGGACUUCUGAGAUGCGGUAAAAGUUGUCGCCUGCGGUGGAUUAAUUAUUUGAGAGCAGACAUUAAACGAGGAGAUUUUAGUUCCCAAGAAGAAGCUGCCAUUAUUCAACUUCACAAACUUUUGGGCAACAGGUGGUCUAUAAUUGCUUCGCGCUUGCCUGGAAGAACAGAUAAUGAGAUUAAGAACCUGUGGAACACCCACUUGAAAAAGCGUCUUGGAAACGAUUCAAGUUCGGGACAAAUUUUGAUUUCCAUGCAGGAGAGUACAUCGACGAAGGAAGUUGCACAUGCAAACAAUUUGUCUCUCACAUUUCCAAGCCAAUUAAAAGAUUCGCCGCCUGAUUUUCCCAACACAGUGUUCCAUUCAUUUUAUGAUUCUCACAAAAUGUCAAGCGAAAUUUUUCAGUCUGAUUGUCUAAAUUCUUCUGCUGGCUGCAAACAACAUUCAUCAACUGUUGCAGAUGAUCUUUUAAUGGAUGAGACGUUUGUCUUGAAAGAUGAAGAAAGAUGGUUGGCAAAGCAAAACCAGAACUUAAGCUCAAUAACCACAUCUGGAAUAUUUUGUGAGAGCAGCUCAAACAUGGAAGCUCAGUAUUUCAUGUCUUCCUAUCUAGAAGAUGAUUUAUUGAGUUGCAUGGAUGAUGCAGGCACAAAUACCCAGUCGCUGCCGAAUAUGAAGAUGGAGGGUAAUGAUGAUGGUUCUGAUUGCACAGAUUAUUGGUUCAAGGUUUUGAGGCAAAUCUAGCCACCGCUUCCUCAAGUUUGAUAUGUUCUCCUUACAAUAAAAUGUUUCUUCAUGGGUAUUCGAAAGCAAUUAAACUCCAUUUCCACGUACCUUGUUUAACCAGGCUUUUUAUAUAUUAGAAAGGCUGUAGCUAGGAAUCCCACCCUAAUGUACAAUGGGCAUGCCCAUAGCAAUGCAUAAAAGAAUGUAAUUUGUAUAAAUAGCUAAACUAUAAUGAUAAGAGUAAAGUAGAGCACUUUAUGAAUAAGUUUGAUAGAAUACUUAUUUAUAUUUAAUUAAUCUAUUUGUGAUUUUCAUUUUGGUUUUGAAAGUUACACAUGUAUAAUUUUUCAUAUGAAGAGGGGAGAGUAUUGGUUAUUGUCAA